GAGAUGAGCGAGUGACGGAAAGAAGUAAGACUUGGACCAUGACCCGUUAAAAAAGUGGGCCCGUUUGGCCCAAGGUUCAUCAGGAAAAGAAGACAGCUUAAAAACGAAGCAUCUCCAAAACAAUGGCGAAAGCCGUCAAGCUGUUGUUGGCUUCACUGCCUCCUUCCAGAAGCCCCCGAUCCGCCGCCGCCAAUUACCAACUUCGCAUCACCAGAGCUUCUUCUACGUCUUCUUAUACACACUCCAAGAUGGAUUCGGAGAACUACACAUUCGGACCAUACAAAAUCGACCACAAGGAGGUCUUCUACUCCACUGACCUCUCGUACGCUAUGGUUAAUCUCCGGCCUCUUCUCCCUGGUCAUGUUCUUGUCUGCCCGAGGCGUGAAGUGAAGCGCUUCGUUGAUCUCACUGCUGAGGAGACUGGUGAUCUGUGGCUCACAGCGCAGAAGGUUGGUAGUAGGCUGGAGAACUACCACCGAGCAUCAUCACUAACAUUUGCUAUCCAAGAUGGUCCCCAGGCAGGGCAGACGGUCCCUCACGUUCACAUCCAUAUCCUUCCACGACAAAGCGGCGACUUUGAGAAAAAUGACGAAAUCUAUGAUGCUAUUAAUGAGAAGGAGAAGGAACUAAGCCAGAAGCUUGACUUGGACAAGGAAAGGAAGGACAGAAGCCUUGAGGAGAUGGCUGGAGAGGCAGCUGAAUAUAGAAGGCUUCUGUUGUAGAUGUUUGGAUAAUUGUAACAAACGACAAGGUUGUCGCUUAUUCAUCGCCAUUAUGUUAUUUACAUUAUUAGACAUCCAUAGAAUGAAGAAUGUUUUUAUUUUGUUAGGACGAAUGAUUUUUUUGUUUGGUUGUUACUCUUGUUAGGUACCAAUGUUAAGGAUAUCAUAAGCCUUAUUUAACUCUUUUGGAGCUAGUUAGUAUUAUAUUUCAUUCGCACC